GGUACGAACCAAAGCAGCUUAGCUGUUGUGUUGUGUUGUUCACAUUCUCUUUCUACCCGCCUUCCACGUCAGGUACGAUACCAUCUCCUUCCGUCAAUUUUGCUUCCUAAAUCCCUCUGUUUUCUAAUCCGUCACAAAUUCCAUCUCCUCCUUCCCUUCUGUUAUCCGUUUAUUGCAAGUAAUCCUUGCUUGCUCCAUCACUCUUUACUUUAGGGCUUAAAAAAGAAAACCUAAAUUAUAUAUAAUUAUUAAAAACAGUAGGGCUUGGGAAUUUGGAUUUGAAUUAUUCUGAAAUGGCGAACACCGUUGACGAUGACGCCGAUGCGGUGUUGAGCGAUGUGGAAGGGGAUGAACCGGUGCCGAUCGUAAUGAAAAGUCCGAGUCAAGAAGAUAUUUCCGUCGAGAAAUUCCGCGAGCUCCUCGAUCGAGAGCGAGCCGCACGGGAGGCAGCAGAGACUUCGAAAUCCGAAAUUCAAGUGUCAUUCAAUCGAUUAAAAGCUCUCGCGCACGAAGCAAUCAAAAAGCGAGACGAGUGCUCGAGGCAGAGAGACGAAGCGAUGAGAGAGAAAGAAGAGGCGUUGAAAGCUAACGAGAAAUUAUCGAAUGAAUUGAUUCAAGCGAACAGGUCGAAAGAGGAGACUCAGAAAAAAUUCGAUGAUUUGCAAUCGGAGACUGAGAAAUCGAGGCAUAUGUUAGUAAGUGGAAUUGAGAAGAUAUCAGGGAAGCUUAGUAAUUUCAAGAAUUUCGCGGCGGAAGGUUUGCCUAGGUCGCAGAAAUACAGUGGAUUACCGGCGGUUGCCUAUGGAGUUAUUAAGAGGACAAAUGAGAUUGUUGAGGAGCUUGUUAGGCAGAUUGAUGUCACUGCAAAAUCCAGAAAUGAUGCGAGAGAGCAGAUGGAGCAGAGGAAUUACGAGAUUGCCAUUGAGGUUUCUCAGCUUGAAGCUGCAAUCAGUGGAUUGAGAGAUGAAGUUGCCAAGAAAACGACUCUGAUUGAGGGUUUAGAGAAGAGUGUGGUUGAGAAAGAGGGGAAAGUGUCGGAGAUUGAGAGAGAGAUGUUGGAGAAGAUGCAUUUGGUGGAGAAGGAGGCUUCGGAGAUGAGGGACUUAGUUGGUGAGUAUGAUGACAAGUUGAGGAAUUUUGAGUCGAAGAUGGAAUCGCAUAGACCUUUGUUGUUUGAUCAGUUGAAUUUGGUGGCGAAAAUCCAUGACCAGCUUUAUGAUGCUAUUGAGAUAGUUAACACUAGUCAUUUGAAUUCCGAGGUGUCAGAGUCGCUGUUUCUUCCCCAGCAAACGGAUGUGGAGGAGAAUAUCCGUGCUUCUUUAGCAGGGAUGGAAUCAAUUUAUGAUUUGAGUAGAAUUGUUGCUGAAAAAACAAGGGAUUUGGUAGAGGAGAAGAAUCAUGAAGUGAAGAAUUUGAAUGAAACAGUGGAUCGAUUAAUGAAGGAGAAAGAACACAUCGGUACUUUACUUAGGAGUGCCUUGUCGAAGAGGAUGAAAUUAGAUCCAUCCUCCAAAACAGAUGAGUUGUUUCAAGUUGCUGAAAAUGGUUUAAGAGAGGCUGGGAUUGAUUUCAAAUUCAGUAAAGUCCUUGGUGAUGGUGAGGUAUCUGGUGAUAAAGGCGGCUCACUGGAAACGGAGAGUGAUGAAAUAUACACUCUAGCCGGUGCUUUGGAGAACAUCGUUAAGGCAUCUCAGCUUGAGAUCAUUGAGCUGCAGCAUUCUGUGGAGGAACUAAGGGCAGAGUCAAGUUUACUUAAAGAGCAUAUAGAGAUUCAAGCCAAGGAACUAAGUCAUAGACUGCACAGGAUAGAGGAGCUUGAAGAGAAGGAGAGAGUGGCAAAUGAAAGCGUUGAAGGACUCAUGACAGACAUUGCUGCUGCAGAAGAAGAAAUUACAAGGUGGAAAGUAGCAGCUGAGCAAGAGGCUGCUGCAGGUAGAGCAGUUGAACAAGAGUUUGUGGCUCAGCUGUCGGCAGUUAAACAAGAACUUGAAGAGGCAAGGCAAGCCAUAUUAGAAUCAGAGAAGAAGUUAAAAUUCAAAGAAGAAACAGCAGCUGCUGCCAUGGCAGCAAGAGAGGCUGCUGAGAAGUCAUUGAGUUUGGCUGACAUGAGGGCGUCUAGGCUGAGGGAUAGGAUAGAGGAGCUCAGCCAUCAGCUGGAAGAGCUUGAAACUCGAGAAGAUUUGAGGGGCCGAAAUGGGCCUAGAUAUGUAUGUUGGCCUUGGCAGUGGCUUGGGCUGGACUUUGUAGGCUACCGCAAUACCGAGACACAACUACAGAGUUCAAAUGAAAUGGAGCUUUCCGAACCCCUCCUAUGAUCGUCUCUUUUCAUUUUUCCUUUUUUUUGUUUUGAUGGGCAUCGAUCUCAUUGGACACGGAGGAUACAUCAAUCUGUAGGAUUGCAGAGUGAAUCGAUUGGUUGGUAACUCUCAAGAUCCGUUCUCAACACUGGUGGCAGAGUUUAGUAGAAGGCAGCUGGACAAAACAAGGAAUGUUCUACUCCUGUUGACAAAAGUGCAAGACAAUAUGCUCACGCACACACUUGAAGCUUUUUGAGACUGAUUUUUUUUUUUCUUUGGCUGAAGAAGAUGGGUUCUAUACUUCAUUUGGUACGUGUACAUCCAACAGCACAUCCUCCACCGCAUGUAAAUCACACAGACAUCUUUACAUAAGACAAACUGAUAGCAGAGUAAUACAGACAUUUAAGAACACGUAUGUUUAGAAAGCGGUGAUAUUCGACUCAUUUUAUUUGGUUGUGCCUGCUGAGGAUAGUUGAUACGCACAAGGAAAAGAGGCAUCUUCUUAGAGAUGGUAAGGCCAGCUGCCUCCUCCAUGUUGAUGGCUACCGCGUUGGGUAAUUUCCAAUCAAAACAGUAUAAGAGAUUAGCGAGUGCAAGCUCCACCAUUGUUACUCCCAUAAGUAUCCCAGGACAAACUCUUCGACGAGAUCCAAAUGGCAAAAACUCAAAACGUUGUCCUUUAUAGUCAAUGGGGCUGUCAACAGAUCUUUCAGGGAAGAACUCUUCAGAAUCUCUCUAGUACCCAGGAUCUCUUCCAAUUGCCCAAGCAUUAAAUUGUAUCAGUGUUUUGAGGUGAAUGUCAUAACCAUUGAUUUGACAGCGAGACAUGGUUUCUCUUGGGAGAAGUAGGGGGGCAGGAGGGUGCAAUCUCAUAGUUUCUUUUAUUACCAUCUUGAGAUAUUGAAGCUCAUCUGUACUCUUCUCAGUUGCUCUUCCUCUCUGUCCAACAGAGCUCCUAAUUUCUUCUUGUGCUUUCUUCAUUAUUAUUGGAUUUCUAGCAAUCUCUGCCGUUGCCCAGAUGACAGUGAUGGCACCGGUGUCAAAUCCGCCUAAGAAUAUAUUCUGAAACUCAAGCAUCACAGAUAAGUUAGAUAAGACUUCUUUAUUUCUUUUAGUCAUAUAACAGAUAUUCAAGUUAGAUAUCAGGAUCUUCGUUCACAGAGUCCUAUAAAAUCAUGUGUAAAUAAGCACUGAAUGUGUUUCUUCUCUGCUGUAACAACUUGAGGAACAUAUGGCAACAACAACUAGGCUUUUUUCCACUCAA